AAAACGCAACAGGAACUUGCAACGGCACGAGGCCACGAGCAGACGAGCUCGCUCGAACCGAGGUCUCCUCCGGCCCCGCUCCCCUCGUCACCUUCUCCUCCGCGUCCCCCUCCCACCUCACGCGGGGACUACCGAAUCAGCAGCAGCAGCGCACCAGGCAGGUGACGAGCAGCACCGCAGCUCCACUGCUGGAGCGGAGCCAGCCCCCUCCUCCCCCGACCUCACAGCGAGCUCCAAUGGCGACUUCCACCUUCCUCGUCGCCCCCGCGCUGCUGCGCCCCCGCGGCGCCUCUCCUCCCGCCGCCUGCGGCUGCUGCCGCCGCUGCUCCGCUCCGCGCGGGGGACACGUCCCGCGCCCGUCGGCUCGCGCCUCGAGCAGCUGCCGCAGCCCGCCGUGCGCGCAACCGGUGAGCUUGUGCCUCAAUGUUGGUGCUGGGUGGCCCAUGGUGCUCAGGGGAUCAACCGGCAGGAGGUUUCAGAAGGGUUUAAGUGCCGCAGCGACGGAUGCUGACGCUGCUAGUCAAGUUGAUGACGAUGAUGAAGAUAUGGUCCGUGUCACCAAUGAGGCGCUUCGCGCCACCAUCCGCAAAAGCAAAGAAGUCUUGGCAAGGCACAAGGUUAUACUCGAGCAGAUAUCGGAAAAGAAGAAGCUCAUCUCAGUUCUCGCAGAAAGUUCCAUUCAUAAUGAACAAGAGCCGCAUAAUGAUCAGAGUGAUAGUUCCUUUUCACGCUUGAAUGCAGUAUCAGAGGGUGAAGAGAUUAACUAUGGUCGUCAGAUGUACCUUGAUACACAUGCACAGCAAUCUGAAUUUUAUACAACUUAUGGAGAGUCCAUCUAUGAUCAGAGUGAAUACUAUGAAAGUUUAGAAGACGAAGAUACUGAUUUUAGUGAAUCAUUUGGCGAGGCCAACUAUGGGAAUCAUUAUCAGUAUGACCGUUUUCCUAGAGCUGCUCCCAGUGUAUACCAACCAGAAGCUGCUAAUGGUAUGGAUCAUCAUUAUGUGGCACAAAUAAGUCAAGUAAGAGAAAAGGACCUGUCAGUUAACGAGGGAGCAAAUGGCAAUUCUUCUGCUUCGGGUGGCGUUGAUGUUAUGAAUGUCAUAUUGGUAGCCGCAGAAUGUGCUCCUUGGUCCAAAACAGGUGGGCUUGGGGAUGUUGCUGGAGCUUUGCCCAAGGCUUUGGCUAGGAGAGGUCAUCGUGUUAUGGUUGUAGUUCCAAAAUAUGGUGACUAUAUGGAACUACAAGAGAUAGGAGAGCCAAGGAGGUAUCAAGUUGCAGGGCAGGAUAUGGAGGUCAAGUAUUAUCAUGCAUACAUAGAUGGUGUGGAUUUUGUUUUCAUCGACAAUCCUAUCUUCCAACAUGUUGAGAGUGAAAUUUAUGGUGGAAACCGAACAGACAUCUUGAAACGAAUGGUUUUGUUGUGCAAAACAGCUGUAGAGGUUCAAUGGUACGUCCCAUGUGGUGGCUUUUGCUAUGGUGAUGGAAAUCUUGUGUUCAUUGCAAAUGAUUGGCAUACUGCACUACUGCCUGUUUAUUUGAAGGCGUACUACCGCGACAAUGGUUUCAUGACAUAUGCCCGUUCUGUUCUUGUGAUACACAACAUAGCACAUCAGGGUCGUGGUCCAAUAGAUGACUUCAGUUACCUGGAUUUGCCAGGUCAUUAUAUGGAUCAAUUCAAACUCUAUGACCCAUUCGGAGGUGAUCAUCUAAACAUUUUUGCAGCUGGGAUUAAAGCUGCUGACCGUUUUCUUACUGUUAGCCAUGGUUAUGCAUGGGAGCUCAAAACACCUGAUGGCGGUUGGGGCCUUCAUAGCAUCAUUAGUGAAAAUGAUUGGAAAUUCCAGGGUAUUGUCAAUGGUAUUGAUACAACCGAUUGGAAUCCCAGGCAUGAUGUCCACCUACAAUCUGAUGGGUACACCAACUAUUCUCUAGAAACAGUUCAGACAGGUAAAGCACAAUGUAAGGAAGCAUUGCAGAAAGAGCUUGGCCUCCCAGUUCGAGGUGAUGUUCCUGUCAUUGCUUUCAUAGGACGGUUAGACCAUCAAAAAGGUGUAGACCUGAUAGCAGAAGCAAUGCCAUGGAUUGCUGGCCAAGAUGUACAGUUAAUCAUGUUGGGUACUGGAAGACAAGACCUUGAAGACACAUUGAGGAGACUUGAGAGUCAGCACUAUGACAGGGUUAGGGGUUGGGUCGGUUUUUCUGUCCAGUUGGCACAUCGUAUGACUGCAGGGGCUGAUGUACUAUUGAUGCCAUCAAGGUUUGAGCCGUGUGGGCUGAACCAGCUAUAUGCCAUGAUGUAUGGUACUGUCCCAGUGGUUCAUGCGGUUGGAGGUCUUCGAGACACAGUCCAGCAUUAUAAUCCCUAUGAGGAGGUUGGAGUGGGUUGGACUUUCGAGAAGGCAGAGGCAAAUAGAAUGAUCGACGCUCUAGGGCACUGCCUGAACACAUACAGAAAUUACAGGAACAGUUGGGAAGGCAUCCAAAGGAGAGGAAUGAUGCAAGAUCUAAGCUGGGACAAUGCUGCUAAACUCUAUGAGGAAGUUCUUGUUGCUGCAAAGUAUCAGUGGUGACUGCUGAGCUGCCCAAGAAGGUGUUGACAGUUGCCUUUCGCAGACCAGGACAUUUUUCCUGUCGCACCAACUGAAUUCUUUUGGUGCAUCACGUUGCUGUCUGCAUGCUUCAUCCUGAAUUUUUCAUGAUGGCGCGAGUCGUGCAACGGAAAUUGUUGCUGCGAGAUCCUAGAUAGCAUAGCAUCCAAUGCAAAUUCUGGGUCUACUUCCUGGAUUAACACGGUGAAAGAGGCUUUUCCUGGACGGAAGUAAACGACGAAGAGAACAGAUUAAGUGGUAGGCAUCAUGCUUUUUUUUUUAAGUGGCUUCAGUUCAUCUGUCUACUAGGUGAGCUCGGUAAGGUGCUUUCGUACAGGGAGCAGCAGAUAGCAGAGAAAAUAUUGCUUUGUUUCUCAAAUAGAUUGUUGUAUUCUAAUUAGGGCGUUUAUAUGUUCAGUUCUUCGAUUUUUCGUGCAUAUUUUGUAGAUGGUUUAGUGCUCUCCAAAUUGUCUGGAUGGUGAGAUGAAAAAGGUUUGCAGGUUACAUAAUUAAUAAAGUUAAAGAGGAUCGGAAGUUUAUGAA